CGGAAUAGCGUCGAACGGCUUCGCACAUUGUGCUCUCGUCUGCUGCUCGUGUUGCGUCUCCUGCGCGAAUGGAAAUUUUCAGUGUUUCACGGAGGCAUUUGUACCUUUGUUUGCGCCAGUGCAGUAUAUUACGGAUUUACAGGAGGAGCGCUUGCUCUUGCAAAGGAUGUGCAGCGCAAUAUAAUGGCCACAAAUACCCAAGGACUGCUAGUCCAAUGCAGCAAAUGGGUCUGCUACGAACUCCCUGCACUGCCUUGUGGAGGACGUCGUCAUUUCGCGCAGGAUCAACAGAAUCGUCCAUAUCUGCGGCCCAGUACGAGUCAAUCACCCAAGAAACGUUGGAAUCCCUAGCAGAGCGUUUUGAGGAGAUUCUUGAUGAUGUGACCGACAUUCCUGAAGCCGACCUAGCUCUCAGUGAUGGUGUUCUUACUGUACACUUUGGAGAAAAGCUUGGGACCUACGUCAUCAACAAGCAGACGCCAAAUCGGCAGAUCUGGUUGUCAUCACCUGUGAGUGGGCCCAAGAGAUAUGACUUUGUUGACAACAGAUGGAUCUAUAUGCGGGACAAUGUAUCCCUGCACCGGCUACUUGCAAAGGAGGUGUCGGAGUUUCUCAAGAAAGAUAUAGACUUUGGAAAAUGUUCCUAUGCUGCAUAGUGGCCAAGGUAGUAUGAUAAUUGAACAUCAAUGUAUGUAUUUAUUGCAAAGUAAAGUCAGCAUAAGGUGCCAUGUUU